AUGGGAAGUAAAGAUGAAGACCAUCCAAAGAAGAAACUCUAUCAACUAAGUAUUCAAACCAAGCUCAAGCUCAAGAUAAUUUUGCUUAUCCUUCUUACCAACCUUGUCACUAUCUACAUUUUCAGUGGCCCUUUGCAGCCAAUCUCCAAGUACACUCAGAAUCUGGCUAUUCCUCUGUGGGACUCUACAGGUCUGCUGCAUCAGCUCAAUACUACUCAACAUGAGCUUGCUGGUAGUCAUUCUCAGAUACAGGAUUUACGACGAAAGCUAGCUACUACUACUUCACUCAUUGAGUCACUGCUUGUUGAGCUUGCUAGCCUUCGUGAGUCUGGAAAGAGCACGCAGGGUGGUGAUGCUGAGUUCUUGGACUUGUCGGAUGAGGUGAAGCUUGCUGUUGGUCCUCAUAAGCUCCCGCUUGGGUUUUCGCCUAGAAGUGGAUCUGAUAGUGUGCAUCCUCCUGUUGGAGGGGGGUGUUUGAAGUUUCCGAAAGAGUUGGCACAGUAUAUGGCUUAUGACAUUGGUGGAGAGUGUCCAGCUGAUGAUGUUUUUGCACAGAGACUUAUGCUUAAAGGGUGUGAGCCGCUGCCUAGGAGGCGGUGCCACCCUAAGUCGCCCUUGGGCUACGUGGAGCCAACACGAGUUCCAGAGAGCCUGUGGACGACUCCACAUGAUAAAAGCAUCAUUUGGGAUCCUUACACUUGUAAAAACUACAAGUGUCUUGUAGACAGACAGAAAUCUCCUGGUUUUUAUGAUUGUAAAGAUUGUUUUAAUUUGAAAGGAAGAGAAAGAUCAAGGUGGCUUGUUGACAAUGGAGGCCUUGAUUAUGGGAUGAAUGAAGUUCUUCGUACAAAACCUGCGGGAAGCAUUCGAAUUGGCCUGGAUAUUGGAGGUGGUACAGGGACUUUUGCAGCUCGGAUGAAAGAGAGAAACAUUACCAUUAUCACAAGCACAAUGAAUAUUGAUGGUCCGUUCAACAGCUUCAUUGCAUCCAGGGGAUUGAUUCCGAUGCAUGUCAGUGUAUUCCAGAGGCUUCCUUUCUUUGAAAACACAUUGGAUAUUGUGCAUUCAAUGCAUAUUCUGAGCAACUGGAUCCCAGAUACAAUGCUUGAGUUCACAUUGUAUGAUAUUUACAGGGUGAUGAGGCCAGGGGGGCUGUUCUGGCUCGAUCAUUUCUUCUGCAUUGGAUCACAGUUGAAUGGAACAUAUGUGCCUAUGUUGGAUCGCGUUGGAUUCAAGAAACUGAGGUGGAAUGCAGGACAGAAGCUUGAUCGUGGAGCAGAAAUGAAUGAGUGGUAUUUCUCUGCCUUGUUAGAGAAACCAAUGACUUGA